AUGCACAAAUCCAGAAUGUACAGCCAGUGUGUCAAGAUGCAGCAUCUCUCCCAAGAGUUUGGAUGGCUUCAAAUCACUCUCCAAGAAUUCCUCUGCAUGAAAGUUCUGCUCCUCUUCAGUAUUAGUAAGACACAUUUUUUCAUAGGUGCCUUUUUAUUUCCUUCUCUCUUUCUUUCAAAAAAGAAUCAUAGAGUUGUAGGUACCUCCCAAGGGUCAUCUAGUCCUACUCCUUGCAGUGCAGGAAUCAUAACUAAAGAAUCCCUGACAGAUGGCCAGAGAUACAUAGCAGAAGUUUGCUGUACUGAUGGUUGGGCAUGGCUUGCCUUUCUUAAAGAACUGCAUCUUAGACAUGCACAGAGUAUUUUAGUAAACUAUUAUUAUUAUAUUAAUUGAUAUUUAUAUAUUGCAAUUAUUCCCCAUAUUCUUCUCCAAGGAGUUCAUGGUGGUGUAUGUGGCUCUCCUCCUCAUUUAAUCCCCACAACAACCCAGUGAGGUAGGCUACGCUGAGAGGUAGUUACCGGCCCCCAACACCACCCAGUGAGCUUCAUGGACAAGCAGGGAUUUAAACUUUCUCCCAGCUCCUAGUCUGGGACUGUAGCCACCACAUUACCCUUACUCUAACUACUGCUACCACUACUGUUAUUGCCACCACCAUUAUGAUCAUCCCAAAGUGAGGAGCUCUGCAGUCACAAGAAUCAUGUCUGACCUUAGCGUAGGAGUCUGAAGAUGAUACUCUUUCUCCCACUGAAGGGAGAGGGCCAUGGUACAUGUGUGUGUGUGUGUGUUCAUGUGCAUCUGUUCACUUUUUCUCUUCUUGCUUUCUCUCUUUUCCUCCUUUGCACCUACAGUUGCAUCCCAUCUUGCACAUGAUUAACUUACACAAUUUCAACCUUGUGCAGUUUUGAAAACUGGGUGGUUGAAAUCCCACAAAUUAAAUGCACACAAGGUGGAGAACUUAGAGAGCUUAAAAGCUCCUUUUGCAUCAGGUUUUCCCAGCACGGAAAGCGAUUUUAAGCUCUCAAGACUUACUUACUGGGCUCUGGGAUGCUCUCACAAGAUCUUGCUGGAAUUUGGACAGCCCUGAGAGAUUUUACGAGACCCUCCCAGAACUCUGUAAGCAAGGUGGAGAACUUAAAAGCUCUCCACCUUGCUGGGGUGGGUGGGUCACAAGGCACACUUGGUGCACAACUCCAGAAAGGUAAGGAUGUUCUCACUGGGGCAGUUCCAAGAGGGUGUUUCAAGUGGACAUGUUUUUGCAUAUAGGCGCCAUCCUAGAAAGUGACCAACACACAAGACACGGUCACACUGUACACUGGUUGUUAUUCCUCUCUUUCUCCAUGCACCAGUUCCAGUGGAUGGGUUGAAGAAUCAGAAGUUUUUUGAUGAACUUCGGAUGAGCUACAUCAAGGAACUUGAUCGCAUCAUUGCUUGCAAGAGGAAGAACCCUACCUCCUGCUCCCGGCGUUUCUACCAGCUCACCAAGCUCCUAGACUCUGUGCAGCCUGUAAGUAAGAGGAGGAGAAGGGAAGAGAAAGAGGGUUGGCCACACACAUGGCAAGAGGGUUGUUAAUCUUUUCACCUAAACUCUACAGAAUCUGCUACAGUGGAACCUCUCGGAACGAACUUAAUCCGUUCCGGCGGUCCGUCCCUACCCUGAAGCUGGUCGCAUGUACUGGCGCCGCUUCUGCGCAUGCAGCGAUCACCCGCUUCUGUGCAUGCGUGAAUGGCGAUCGCUGCUCCUGCGCAUGUGCAGACCACGGCAAACCCGCCAGUUACUUCUGGGUUUGCCACGGACGUUCGGCGAAAUGGACGCAAGCGGAGGCGGACAUAAGUAGAGGUUUGACUGUACUGAACUUGGGAGAACACCAGAAAUACCAGAAAACUUGUAAAAAUGAGCGCUGGAAGCAGAUCACUGUGACAUCACAGCCCUUUCCUCCAAGAGGGAACUGUGCUGUCAAAGAGAUGAAUGCUUGCAAGUGCUCUAUAUGCAAGUGUUCUGAAUGGAGUGAGGUUUUUAUUCUUGCUGAUUACCCAAUAGGAACAACCAACUUUUGAAUUUAUUAGGAUUCUACUGUACAUCUGUUUCCUCCCACCCCAAAAUGUAGCCACAUAGCUUCCCACAGAAAACAAGAAAGAAAAAAUUCACACAGGCUGCCUUUUGCACUAAAUAGGUCUGGGCGAUGUAUUGAUACAUUGCCCAGGACUGGUAUGAGGGGCAGACCGUGAUGGUGGCUUCACUCGGCAGCAUUUUAACCAGUAUUUUAAAUUGUCCCCCCCCCCCAUUAUGUUUUUACUGCAAUUUUAUUGGUGUUAGCCGCCCUUAGCCCAGCUCUGGCCAGGGAGGGCGGGGCAUAAAUAAAUAAAUAAAAUUUGUUGUAGUAGUUGUUAUUAUUAUUAUUAUUAUUAUUAUUAUUAUUAUAUUGUGAGUGAAAUCGCUGUCACCCUUGACUGGUAGCAGGGGGACUCAGGAGUGGCAGCAGUUUCACCAGAAAAACACUCCUGAGUGAAGCCGCCAUACCACUCUGUACCAGCGCAGAGGAAGAAACAAGCUGCAUCGGUGAGGCGCUUAUACAGCUUCUUCCUCCCUCCACUUUUUAAAACUGCUUGGCUGAGGAGCGCAUUGGCUGCCCUUGCCUCAGCUAACCAGUUUUACAGAGCCCCCGCUCCACCAACAGCUCGCACAAGCCAGUGGUGGGGUGGGGACUCCGUGAAAAUGCUCCUGAGGGGUGCGCAGUUGCCACUCCCAUCAGCUGAGCAGUUUACCCAGUCCACUGCUGACUCGUUAAAGUGCUCCCCCCCCCUUCUCCCGUUAUCCUGUCUCUCCAGUCUGAACCUGCCUGCUGCAAGGGAUGGUUGGGUCUUUGUGUCUCUCUCUGUGUAAGAGAGAAACACUUGCUUGAGUGCUUGUUUUGUGUGGAUUUUCCCUUUGUCUAGUCCUCUCCAUCCAGUUUGCUAGAUCAUCUUUCUGAGUGAGCUUUUUCACUGAGUUUUCCUGUUGGCUCCCUCCCCCCAGCUUCUUCAUUUCUAUUUCAUUCUCUUCCUGUUUCUCCCCUCCCCACUAUUGUCUGGGGAAGGGAAGAGUAUAGGUGGCAGCUGGAUUCUGCCCUGACUGCUGAGCAGGCACAGGAGGAGCCCACAGAGGUGAUAGGGGCAGGAGCUUGUGGGGUGGCCUCUGGGGAGCUGGCUGAAUUGGGGUCCUCCCAGUCCAACCCAGACAAGAAAGAGAGGGAGCUCUCAGAAGAGGGAGUGACUGAGGUUAAGACCCAACCCAGGGUGUUUUCUUCUGAGGUUUUUCUGCCUUUAUUAAAAAGGAUUCUUGGGUGCUGCAAUUGCCAAAGGAAGAGACAGCCCCUCCUGAUUCUCCUGCAGGGCCCUUGAAAACAACCAAAGCUCUUCCUGCUGCGAUGGCAAACCUGCCUCUGUUUCCUUCCCCUAGGCCUUUGAGGAACCUUGUGAUGUGGAAUGGGGAACCCCCAAAAGAGCUUAGGCUCCUUGCAAAUGGGGAAAGAAACAUUAUAUUGUAUCUUUCCAGAUAAGUUUAGGAAUCACCUCAAACGUCCAGUGAUUUAGUGGUGUGCAGUGAAAUUUUUCGUAGGGGAAUAGUUAGGGCUGUAUGUAGAGUUGGGAACACCAAGGGUCAUCUAGUCCAAUAGCCUGCAAGGCAGGAAUCUCCACUCAAGCACCCCUGGCACAUGCCUUAAAACCUUCAGUGAAGGAGAGUCCACAGCCUCCCAAGGAAGUUCAUUCCCCAGCCAUUCAAUUUGCCAGUUCCUAGCAGCUUGGGGGGGGGGGAGAAGAAAAGUAUGGCUUUUUUAUAAUAAAAAAAAGACAACCCCAGGCAGAAGGGUGGAUUCCCCCCCAUUAAAAAACCAUUUUUAACACGCACACCCUUUCUUCCUCAUCUCCCUUUCUAUGAUUGUGUUGUUCUUGGUUGUUGCAUGUUGCUGCUGAUCCUUCAGGUUCUGGCAGAUGGUGGCUGGGAAUUUAUUUUAUUAAAACACCAUGUUUUCAAAACGCACACACACACACAGUGGCUGAAGGAGAGGAGGGAAGAAGUGAAAUAUUAAGGUUGCAGGGAUCUUGUCCCCCACCCCCACCCCAUAAGCACUUCAGGCUUUCCAACUGCUCUUCCUUAAAAAACAAAGCAGAAGAGGCUGCAGUUCUGCUUCAAGCAGCCACUUCCUGCUCAUGCAUGUGUAUUGCUCUGCAGGUUGGUGCAGUUUUGCAGCCUUUAUGGAGGUAAUGAGAGAGAGAGAGAGAGAGAGAGAGAGAGAGAGAGAGAGAGGGAGAUGCAUGCACAGAGCCUGGAGACACUGGCUAAGCAGGUGCAUGGGAAGUACCUGCUGGGAAGAUUAAGGGGCAUAGGCUAGUCUCACUAGUCCAUGGACUGCACACCACUGCAGUGAUUGAUCCACUAUGACAGCCUUGGAGCUCCCUUCAGAACGUGAAGGGGUCCCAGGUAUAUGUAUGUGAGAAACAGUUGGAAAUAGCCCUGAAGCCUGUGUUCAAGGCCAAUGCUUUCACCUUUUAGGCUUCUGCCACCUUCUCUAUGUUCUCAAGAGCUGUGUUUAUGUGAGCUGUAGAGAUGGGAUCACAUGCAGACAUUCCCAUGUUUAUUAAGGAUACCUUGAAAAAUAUGGCCUGUGCUUUGGCAUUGGCUGCAUACUCUUCCAUGGACACUCUGCAAUUAAUGCAUGGUCCUUAGCUACUUCCACAAUAGCCUGCAGGACUAUCUGGUUCCGACAGUGGCAUGUUGACACCGUGUCACAAUCCUGUGUGAUCUCAUUACCUUUUUGGGGGGGGGGUCCAAGCUCUUUGGGCAAUCUCUGGAACCUCACCUGGUGGAGACUAAGAAUAAGAAGAAGGCCCUACCUUCGUCCAACAAGUCUGAGAAAAAGUGGUGCCAGAUUCAGUUUUUUCAACAAUUCCCCAAGUCUCAACCCUUCUCUUCCAUUUGGAACAGAGGGGUAGGCAGGAUAGGGGUGCUACUUGCCCCUCCUCUUUCAGAUCAGGAGAGUCUUCCUCUGCACCCUCAAGCCCCCCCCCCCCGACUUGGCCUCUAGUCCAUCUGCUUCCCCAGUGGGUACAAGGCUACCAGCCUUUGUUCACCGGUGGAGGAAAGUGACCAUGGACAAGUGGGAGCUGGAGAUAGUAUUGAAGGGUUAUGCUCUUGAGUUUGCUUCUCAUCCUUGAGACAUCUUCAUCCCCACUUCUCACUUAAGGCAUCAAGAGAAAAAUCAGAUAUUCCUACUGGCAAUAGGUCAUUUCUUGAUAAUAGGGCAAUUGAACCAGCGGGCCACUCACAGAGCAAGUCAGGGGUUUAUUCAGUCUUGUUUCCUGAAAAAACGCUUCAAAUGGAAACCCUUCAAGCCAUUGUCUUGGCUCUCAAGAAGGCAGAUUGUAUGACCUCUCUGAGGCUUAUAUUUAUAUACCAAUCAGGAAGGCUCACCACCUCUCCCUGAAAGUAGGUACCAAGGUACUGGUGGCUCUUGUGGUAUUCUUCAGAGCAAAGGGAAUCUGUCUCCACCCUCACCUGGACGAUAUCCUGGUGAGGGCUCCCUCUCAGGAACUCUGUCAUCAGGCCAUGGAUCUUACGUCUUCUGGCUGGAUUGGCUUGGGUUUGUUGUGAACAGUGAGGAAAGCUGUUGAUUCCCUCCCUGUCCAUCAAGGUGAUACUUGACAUGCAGUCUUUCAGGAUGUCUCUCAGGUGUGGAGCUCAUCCCUCACUUCCUUGUUAUAUCAGGCGGUCUCUUGCCACAAAUUGUUGGAAUCUCCACUCUACCAAGCUACUCCUCCGGUCGAGUCCUGCGGAAUCGCCUCCGACGAUAAUUAAUGACCUGAGCCUUUGAUAAGCCUCCAGGCACGUUUCCCAUUCAGCAGAGUUUCAAAGCAGCAGAAGUGACGAGAUUUAUGAGCUACAUUGCAAAGAGUUUUAUACGCAGACAGAAAAGAAAUCAUCCUCUCUCUGUGAAAGACAGAGAUCAACUGGAACACAAAGGAACAGGAAACCAGUAACAUCACAUCCGUCUCCUGUCUUCCGUGAGACUUCCAACAGUCUGGAAUCCCUGGAAUGUAAACAGAGUCUUGUGACUCCAAGCAACUGCACAGUGGCACAAACAGAAACCAACAUCCUCCCCCUUUCUGUGAACACCACUGGGCAGCGUGUCAGUACAAUCUCAGUACAAACCCAAUUUCUGUACAUAGGUACAGUGUUGAUACUUCGGAACAACCUUGGACAAUAAAUCAGCAGGAAUUUCAUUACCUGGCAUGUAGGACACCGUUACAAGUCCUUUCUGAACACAUUCUCUAGCAUGUUGCAGCUUCAAUUGCAAGUGCUUCGUGCUUUGCUUACAACUUUCAGAAGUCAGCAAAGCCAAACAUGCUUUGUUGUCCUGAUAAACCUGGAUUGGACAUUUGACAGGAAUUUUCAUGUCUUUACACAAUUGUAACAACCAUUCACAAUCCACAAGUGAAUAAGACAGUGCAUUCAGUUCAGCUUCACAAGAACUUAAGCUUCCUAUAGUUUGCUUCUUGCACGACCAAUCAAAUAGACCCUGGUUGUACAUGUAGCAAACUCCAGACGUGCUUUUCCUGUCUGUAGUGUCAUUUCCAAAACUUGCAUCAGCAAAUAUCUCAAGACCGCCAGACUUCUGAUUGUUAAAUCUCAGUCUGUAGUGCAUAGUGCCUUUCAAAUAGCGUGCUAUGCGUUUCAGAGCUUUCCAAUCCCUACCAGUAGGAUUGUUGACAUGUCUGCUUAGCAAAUUCGUGCUAACUGCAAUGUCCGGUCUUGAACAUCUGGCAAUGAAGUUUAGUUUGCCUAGCACACUUCUGUACAGUGUAGUGUCAGAAAAUGCUUCUUCAGUAUCAUCUACCUGAUAACCUGUUGUCAUUGGUGUGUCUACAGGGUUAGCAUCCAUCAGGUUCAGUUUGGGUCUGUGACUGGUGACUGGUUAGCAUCCAUCAGGUUCAGCAAUUUUCUGUGACUGGUGUACUAAAUUAUUACCAUCUUGGUCUCUCUCUAUUUCCAGAGAUAGGUAGUUGGAUACCUCACCAAGAUCUUUCAUGUUUCAGCUGAGCUAGGGUGUUAUUGUACAUUUUGACUUCCUUCCGAAAGAAAAGAAUAUCAUCAACAUAAAAUAACCAAUACAGCUUCUUUUGCCCUUCCUCUUUGACAAAUACACAUGGAUCAGCUUUAAAUUGCUGAAAACCUAGAGAAAACAACACUUCAGUGAGUUUGGAGUGCCAGUAUCGUGCACUUUGCUUGAGACUGUAUAGGGACUUCUUCAGAGAACAAACAAAUCCCUGUUUUACCUGUACGCCAUCAGGUGGAAGCAUAUAAAGUGAUUCACCUAAGGUUCCGUACAAAAAUGCUGUAUUCACAUUGUGAUGAGAAAUGUGUAGAUUCUCUUCUGCAGCAAGUUUGAGCAUAAGCCUAAUGCUCUCAUAUCUCACGGUGGGUGAGUAGGUCUCGUGAUAGUCUUCUCCUGGUACCUGUGAAAAACCUCUGGCUACCAGUCUGGCUUUGUGUCUGACUACCUUGCCAUUUUGGUCUGUCUUUACUUUGAAUACCCAUUUGCUGUCAAGCAGUUUCAUCCCUGGAACUCUCGGAACUAGCUCCCAUGUUUUGUUCCUCUCUAAGGAAUCAAGCUCAGCCUUCAUAGCAGUUAACCAUGGCUCAGCAUCCUUUGAGUCCAAAGCCUGGAUCUCUUGGAAGUUUGAAGGUUCAAAUACCUUCCUGGAGCUAUUAACAGCAGUUACAGCUUUAGCUGCUUUAGCAAAUUCAUCAGCAAAUCUCUUUGGAGGUCUUCCUUUUGUGGCUCUUUCAGACCUGCGAAUCAGACGUAAGUCUUCAGUGCUUUCCUCUUCUUUCUUAGGAGAAAAGUGGCCUAUAGUGAACAGUGGUUGCUCCAAUUCUCGAUCAGAGCCUUCAGAGGGUCGCAGAGAGGCUUUAGCACUCUUGAAAUCCUCUGAAUCAUCUGAUUCAUAUUCAGAAUCAGAACCUUCAUCAGUGGGUGUGGGGUUUUGCUGCUGUUUAUCCUCAGACUCUUCACUGUCAUCAGGAUAACAUUGGAAAAUUCCCACAUUCUACCCCCACUUGGCAUUGUACUUAACACUUCUAGUGAGCCUAACUGUAUUAGUGUCAGUCAUCAUUACUCUGUAAGAACCUUUCUGAUAUCCUAGAAAGAUACCAUGCAAACCACGUUUGCCUAACUUGGAGCUUUGUGGUGUGUGAACCCACAUGUCAGAACCAAAACUUCUCAUGUGCUUGAUGUAUGGUUUCUUGCCAAACAUCUUUUCAUAGGGGGUACAACCAAUUGGUGAUGACAAUCUGCGAUUAAAAGAAUAAACAAAACAGCCAAGCACUUCUGCCCAAUAACUCUCUGGAAGAUUGGCAUCAUGCAGCAAGGUUUUCAAGCCUUGAAGCAAUGUUUGGCUUGCCCUUUCACAAAGUCCAUUCAUCCAAGGAGACCGUGGACUUGACAAAUCAUGUUGAAUUCUUUUCUCAGUCAGAAAAGCUUCAAACUGCUGAGAAGUGAAUUCUCCCCCGCGAUCGUAAAUAAACAUCUCACUUUUCUAUCAUGCACAUUUUUCAACCAAGCAUAGAAUUCCUUGAACCUAGGAAACACUUCUGAUUUCUGCUUGAGAUUGAACACAUGAAUAUACCUGGAAAAUGAAUCAAUGAGAACCAUAAAGUACCUGACUCCACCCAAAGAGGGUGCUAGUGGACCAACGAGAUCAGCAUGCACUACCUGAUAUGGUUCUGUAGCUUGUCUACUAGAUACCUUACCUUUAGCAGCCAUUUUGACCUUGUUUGCUGUGCAUGCCUUACACUUCAUGUGGUACCUGCAGGGUUUAAUAGUCAUACCUUCAACUAAGGCAGGUAUUUUGGAAACUGCCUCAAAGUUUAAAUGACCAAAUUUCCUGUGAUAAUCAUGAAUACAUCCUGCAUGCAAAACGUUGUUAGUAUCUGCAAUACAACAAGUUUCCUCCUGCACAUCAACAGAAUCAUCAUAAUGCAAUACAAAUAAAUGAUCAAUAUAAUCAGCAUGCAAUACAAAGUCAUCUUUCUUGGUGAUGGUGCACUUCCUCUUCUUGAAGGAAACGUCUAUGUCCUGUUCAGUCAGCUGUGAGAUGCUCAAUAGGUUGUGUGCAGCAUCUGGAACAAAAAGAACAUUGUGUGUUGAUGCAUCCAAGCUGUGAAGCACAACUGUUCCAUAGCCUAGACUGGAGAUCGUGCGGUCAUCCACUUGGUGAAUCGCACCUUCCUGUUGAGUAAAGGACACGAACAGGUGUUUGCAGACAUGCCAAGUGGCUCCCGAGUCGAUGAUGAAGAAAGAUCUAGACGCCUUCUGGACCUUUGGAGUGUAGCAUGAGACCAUAGCUGUGUGUUGCGUUGUCCUGGACUUCUGACCUUUGCCUUUUCCAUUUAUUGAGCUUUCGCUGCACUGCUCUGUUGCCUUGGGAUGUUUACAAUCCCUUUUCAUGUGGCCUAGACAUCCACACGAGUAGCAUUUCACUGCCUUCAAAGCUUUGGCGCCAUCUAGUGGUUGCACUGCAUUCUGGGAUGACGUCUGUGAGGACUCCCCCUUAGUGAUGCAGCUAGCACUACGCCGAUCCACUUCAUUCAAUACCACAGCAGUAACAUGUGCUACCAUUAGCUGAGCAGUAGGCAAAACAGCAAGCUGGCUGGCAAUCACUUCCCAACUCGAACCCAAAGAAUGUAGCAUCAUGAAGGAAUACACAGCCUCUGGAAAGGUGAUUCCACGCUGUUGCAACUCAUGCCUGAGAUUCUGCAUUUCCAUGAGGUGAGCACGGACAUCUGCUCCUUCAGCAAGUGCCAUAUCAUGCAACUUGGCAUAAAAGAACAAAGAGGCUCCUACCUCCAUUCUUAAAUGUGAAUCUUUAAGACUGUCCCACAUCUGUUUGGCUGAGGCCUUGUCGCGCAAAAGACAUAGCUCUUCAGGGGACACAAUAAGCGUCAGAGUUCCCCUUGCUUUGGAAUCCUUAGCCUCCCACUCUGGGGUCAUCGGAGCUGGGGGGGGCAUCUGUUAUCACAUUAAACAGACCCUCUUUGCGUAGCAGGGCUUCUGCAUACUGCACCCAUUCCUGGUAGUUCCCCUUUGAGAGCUUCGGUACACCCAUUGCGGUUUGAAGGGCUUCCAUUACUUUAGCAUUAGCCAUUUUGUGUCUAUAAAGCAGACUGAGUCUGUUUACAAGGAGCUGCGUUUCAAAAAAAGCACACUGCAUGAGACUUUUGCUGCUUCUGACCUUUUGCCACUGGCCGAUCAGUGCUUUUGGCUAGAUGUUAAAAGUCCACCCUUAUUGCCACGUAAUUAGGGACUGGCUGGCUUCCCGGGGCAACGAGCACAUACCUCUCAUCAGUCUUCUUGACACGCAGGGAAGAUAAGCUGCAUUCCGGUCUGGCGCCCAUAACCAAAAAUGUUGGAAGUUCCAUACGACCGAGCUGAAAUGGCUUUCCUCCUCGUCGUAUCUUCGGAAUCCAUCUAGGCUCUCCUCCGACGAUGAUUAAUGACCUAAGCCUUUGAUGAGGCUUCAGGCACGCUCCUCCAUUACGCAGAGUAUCCAAACAGCAGAAGAGACAGAAAUAUGUACUACAUUGCUAUGCUUAUUUCUAACUACGCAGGAGAGAAAAGAAUAUACAUCUGCUCUCUGUGAGAGUCAGAGAAACAACAGGAACAAAGAAACAGGAAACCAGUUACAUCAACAUCCGUCUCCUGUGAGACUUCCAGCAGUCUGGAAUGUCUGGAAUGUCAAAAGAGUCUUGUGACUCCAAAAACUGCACAGUGGCAUAACAGAAAUCUAACAGUUUAUAGAUUGAUGUGCAUUGCUGUCUAACAACAUGCUUUGUGUAUGAGUGUCCUUUUUUUCUAGGACUCUGGCCCCGUGAUUUGGCUGGCAUACAGGCACCUGUUUCCGAGCACAAUUCAAAGUGCUGGUGUUGACCUUUAAAGCCCUAAACGGCCUCGGCCCAGUAUACCUGAAGGAGCGUCUCCACCCCCAUCGUUCUGCCCGGACGCUGAGGUCCAGCACCGAGGGCCUUCUGGCGGUUCCCUCAUUGCGAGAAGCAAAGCUGCAGGGAACCAGGCAGAGGGCCUUCUCGGUAGUGGUGCCCGCCCUGUGGAACGCCCUCCCAUCAGAUGUCAAAGCGAUAAACAACUACCUGAUAUUCAGAAGACAUCUUAAGGCAGCCCUGCUAAGGGAAGUUUUUAAUGUGUGAUAUUUUAGUGUUUUUUUGUUUCUAUGGAAGCCGCCCAGAGUGGCUGGGGAAACCCAGCCAGAUGGGCGGGGUACAAAUAAUAAAUUAUUAUAUUAUUAUUAUUUAAGGGUUGAGGUGCUACUCAGUCUGGAGAGACAGGAUGACUCCUCCCCUCUGGAGAGGAUGUUGCAAGUUGAAGGCCCUGCCUGUCUCCAGUAGGGGGAGUCAUAAACUGAAAUUCAUGGUAAGAAAAAAAUCCGUUUUUCACACUCACUCUAUCACACUUCAAAGGGAAGCAUUUGCAUUUUCCCAGUUAUCAGGAAUGGCAGACGCAGUCCAUUGUCUAGUUGAAGUUCCAUUCCACUAUGAGUAGGAUGGGCAUUGUGAUACUGAUAGCUCUCUGUCUGGCUCUCAGUAGGAACAGGAAUAACUGGGGAUGGCUCCUGUAAGGGAUUCCUAUGGAUAUGAUGGUACAUCUCAGGGAUUAUGGCUGACCAUCCCAGUGAUGUCUCCCUACCACUUCCCUUUGUCCUUCCACAAGCUCCAAAAUCCCAUUGGAACCAAGACAGUUGAUUUUUAAUGAAUUUCUAAAGUAUCUCCAUAGGAUAACAUUAGAGCAAUAUCAGACAAUAUUGUACACUAGGCAUCUUCCCUACUUCCUUUUUUGACCCAGCAGGGGUCCUGAGCUUAGUUUGCAGAAUGGCGCUGAGUUCUUUUGCAGAUGCAAUGCUUGCUUUUGCCUGCCAAUAGCGCUCCCUCAACACCAGAGGUCACUGUUUCAUAAUAUACCGUAACUUUCUCAUUUAUUGGAUAGCUGUCAGAUGCUAAGUCUCUGAUUGGACAGUUGAAAUUUAAAGGUUCAAGCUGUCAGAUUGGUUUCUGGCUGAAUACAGGCUUUGUUUUUUUCAGGCGGGAAAACAGAGUUUGGUGUACGUGUGUUUAAUACUGUGCUGCAGAGCCUUUUCUCUUUGUUGUCAGUGAAGGAUAUGCUGCAAGGAUCAAGGAGCAUACGGGACCAGGGCACCCUCCCACCGCAUUUCCUUAUAACUCAAUAAAUGGCACUGCUGUAGAAUAUUGUUACAUGCCACUCCAAUCUCCAAGUGGUGAGAGAUUCCAGGGGUUCCAGGUGCUUACUGAGGGUUUGGUUUCCUUGGAAUGAAGUUCAGUGGAGACUGUGGUGUCUUUUGGAUAUACGCUUUCAUUUACACAAAUAUACAACCUGAGCACAGGACAGAGCAACUCACAGCAUUAACACUCCAAAUGAUCUUGCUUCUCCAUUAGUCACUGUCUUGGAUCCUGCACAAAUCAAGCAAGUCUCCAUCUCUUAGCCUGCUUUCUGCCCAGUUCACACCACACCACACCACACCAGACCAGCUCUUGUUCUAGGUGAGGGCAGUGGCAUAGCGUGGGGGGUGCAGGGGGGGCCGGCCGCACCGGGCGCAACAUCUGGGGGGGGCGCUCGCACUCGCAGCUCUCUGCCCCUACCUGGCUCACUCACUCUCUCUCACUGCAGUGCUGGCUGUGCGAAUCCGAUCCGAGCCGCUGGGUCGCCGCCCACUGUGGAGGGGGUGGGUGCCAGGCGUGCGGUGCGGAGAGAGAGUGAGGGACUAUCUGGGGGAGGGACAGUGCAGCGGUUGCCCAGCACAGUGCUGAGCGCGGGAGAGAACCACACCAGAGCAGCCCAGGCAGCAGCAAGAAGAAGCUGGCAGCGGCGGCAGGUUAGGGGUUAGGGGGCGCAAAUUACUUGCCUUGCCCCGGGUUAGGGGGCGCAAAUUACUUGCCUUGCCCCGGGUGCUGACAACCCACGCUACGCUGCUGGGUGAGGGGGUGGAAGAAAGCCCCCUACAUCAGCCUGGAAGGCCCCAUCUCUUAGUCAUAGCUAUUGCAGCCCAGCUCAUUCUUUUGGGAUGCUGAUCAUGGGGCUUAACUAUUCAGCCACAGCUAUCGCCUGGUUUGGUCAGCUUGUUCUCAUACCUUCUACCCACCUCUGAUACAGGAACCCAAGAACUAGAAGGGACUUGGUGCAUCAUGCAUACUGACCCUUCCCUCAUCCUACAUCACUAUGGUACCAACAUCACCUCCUCACUUUCCUGUUUCCUAGAUCGCCCGAGAGCUGCACCAGUUUACAUUCAACCUCCUAGUCAGGUCCCACAUGGUCAGCGUGGAUUACCCAGAAAUGAUGGCGGAGAUCAUCUCGGUGCAAGUCCCCAAGAUCCUCUCUGGUCAGGUGAAGUCCAUUUACUUCCACACGCAGUGAUGGAGAGAGGGAGACACAGCAAGGGAGGAGCCCUUUGCGGCUGAGGCCCCGGAAGCCACCGACCUUGUCCAGCCUUCACCUGCCUGUUAUUUCUGCACUGCAGUGCCUUGAAAUGCUGUGUAAGCUACAAAGAUACACAGUAAUAAUGAAAACAGAACUAACCUGCUGGGAUUCCUUUCAGUUUUGAUGAUUCCCCACCCAUGAAUUCCCCUUUCAAGUGGGAGUUUUAUUUGGCCUGUUUCAAAAUGGCCCAGCAUAUGUGUGUGUCUGUGUGUGCAACCCCCCAACUUCUCUUUCCUGCUCUUAUAUUUUUUUAAUCUGGUAUUGUGGCGUGGUGCCAGGCGGCACUUGUUUACAUUCUUGGGCUUCUGCAUUUCCCACAGUGGCUUCUGUGGCCCUGUGCCAUGACAGGAAGUCUGACAAGACACACACACACGCACAUUGUGUUUUGGGUGUUCCCUUCAUUGCUGCUUUAUUCUCUCUUUUUAAACAAAACCAGAAUCCAAGAUGACAAGCAGGUUAUUCAAAUCAAAUCCUGGGAGUGGGGGAAGAACUUCAUUUUUGAGAAGCGGGUGAUUUUAUUUUUAUUUUUAAACAGUUUUUUAAUCAACUCUUAUCUUGUGUGUGUGAUGUGCUUUCCCCCCAUUGCGUUGCUAGCCUCAUUCUUAAGAUGCAGGAGGAUUUUCAUAGUAUAUCUGAGGACAGGAAGGGAGAACUGUCGACCAUGGACUCAAAAUCAUAUGGAGGAGAGAAUGUAGUGGAAUCAUACAAUUGCAAAAAGAAAAAAAAAGGUGGGUGGGUGCCAUCACACGGACUCAGAUUUGACAGGGCCACAUUUCUACAUGUGAACCAGUUUCAGUACCUCAGUCUCAGUCCGGCUAUGCAAGAUCUCUAGAGAGAGCAUUCCAGUCCCUGUUGAUACAAGAAUUAGAGACCAAAGGUGUAUAUUUUUGAUGUUAAUAAUGUUUCAAUGUUUCACUUUAAUUGCAUUUAACCUUUUAGAAUGCAUUAGGCUUGAUUUUUGUGUGCCUGCCGUUUGUAACCCUCAUGCCAACCCUCCUACACUGUGCACACCACUUCCUGCCUUAUCUGAACUUAGCGAGGCAAAUGUUUUGCCCAAAGAGGUAUGUGUUAAACAGCUAUCCAUGAAGCUAUCUAAAACUCAGGAAGAGGAGAUGGGAGAGGAAUGUAUGAUGCCCUUCCCUUCUCACUGAAGGUCUGAUUGCCUAGACAACUAUCCGAUAAGUUAUAAGUUGAGACAAAAUGUUUUGGGACACCCCAAGGUGGUUGAUGCCAGUGUGGAGUCAUGUAGCUUUGUAUCCCGUGACCUGUAACCUUUCUUGAUGUAUGUUUAGAUGUUUUAUGAUUCUUGGUUUGCUGUGUUUCAACUACUAUAUACCGUAUUUUUCACUCCAUAGGGCGCACCGGACCAUAGGGCGCACCUACUUUUGGGAGGCGGAAAACAAGAAAAACUUAUUCUGAACCCCAGAAGCCAGAACAGCAAGCGGGAUCUGGCUUCUGGGAUACCAUGUGGCUGUUCUGGCUUCUGGGAUAACCGUGCCAAGCCUCUUCAGGGCAGCGGGAUGAAGGCUCCCCCUGCCCGAAGAGGCUGCGCAGGGCUAAAGCAGAAGCCAGGACAGGCGCGUCGCUGAAGGGCGCAGCGCCUCUCUCUCUGCGCAGAGAGGAGAAGGCGCAGCGCCCUUCAGUGAAGCUGGAGAAGGAACAGAAGGAGACCCUUCUGUUCCUCCUCCGGCUUCGCUGGAAAGGCGCGUCACUGCGAAGCGGGAGAAGGAGCAGAAGGAGACCCUUCUGCUCCUCCUCCGGCUUCGCAUGA